UUUAAUAAGUUUGAAAAGGGGUGUGGCCGGAGUCCGGCGAGGCGCCUGGAGAAGGGUGCGCGACAUGGGGGUCACCGUGGACGUUCACCAGGUGUUCCAGUACCCCUUCGAGCAGGUGGUCGCUUGCUUCCUCCGAAAGUACCCCAACCCCAUGGAUAAUAAUGUCAUCGCUGUAAAAACUGUGGAAGAAAAGAAAGAUGAAUCAACAGGACUCAUCUAUAGAAAGAGGAUUGCUAUCUGCCAGAAUGUGGUGCCAGAAAUUUUAAGAAAGGUGAGUAUUUUAAAGGUACCUGAUAUCCGACUAGAAGAGGAAUCGUGGCUCAGUCUUCAGAAGAGGAACAUGGCUAUCAAGAGUCACUGCCUCACGUGGACACAGUAUGCAUCCAUGAGGGAAGAGUCUGUCUUCCGGGAAAGUGUAGAAAACCCAAAUUGGACAGAGUUUAUUCAAAGAGGCAGAAUUUCAAUCACGGGGGCUGGAUUUUUCAACUGCAUUUUGGAAACUUUUGCUAGUGCAUUCUUAAGACAGGGAGCCCAGAAGGGAAUUAGAAUAAUGGAGAUGCUGCUAAAGGAACAGUGUGGUGCUCCCUUAGUGGAAUAAAAAUCAUCAGGAAGCUGCCUCUGUGUUUACUCUUUUUUUUUUUUUUUCCAAUCACUUCUUGGCCGUGGCUUCAUAGGCAAAAUUACUGGAUGCAGUUUCAGGACACAGACUCAGUGGCUUAGAGAAGAAGAGACCUUCCUGCCGGAGCAUGGACUGACAUUCCACUUUGGAACCUGCUUCAAAUCAGGGAACUCAUGGAGAUGAGACCUUUUCAGUUGGAAUUUUAUGGCAUGGUCUCUUUAUGAUCUUAUGAAUAAAGGGAAGGAACAUUUCAGAUAACAUCUGUGCUUCCUCAAGAUGUUUUGCUGAUUUCCUGUGAUGGUGUCAGGGCAGCUGAGGGCAGGUGAAGGCCCAAGUGAGGCACCUUGUACUCACCAGCUGAUGCCAUCAGUGUUCAUAGGAUCCAGGAGAGGAUUCUGAAACACAUAAAGGGGUUCAACCUGGUACCUCUUUCCUGAGAGAUGGAUUAGAAAGACAAUGUGCCAGAACUGUGGUGAAGCUAAGCCACAUGUACACCAUGGUCAGCUAACCACAUGGGUACCAUGGUUAGCUAACCACGUGGGUACCAUGGUCAGAUAGCCACACGUAUGCCAUGGCCAGAUAGCUACAUGGAUACUAUGAUCAGCUAACCACAUGUACACCUUGGUCAAUUAAGCCACAUGUAUGUUAUGGUCAGCUAACCAUAUGUAUACUAUGGUCAGCUAACCACAUGGAUGCCGUGGUUAACUAAGCUACGAGUAUACCAUGGUCAGCUAGCCACAUGUAUACCUUGGUUGGUUAAGACACAUGUGCAUGAAUGUUUGACAUUCUCGGAAGUCAGUACAGCUUUUAGGAGGUAGCAUGUAAACUCUGACUUGUUCUUCUGCAGGAACCUGGAGCAUGGAGUGAGGAGCAUAAGGUGGGGGCUGGCUGUGGCUCCCACUAACUUGUUUGUGAUGUGGCAGACUCUACAGUUCUGCUUUUGACUAGUAAAGUGGGAGUAACCAGGCAUGCUUCUUUCUGCAUGGGUUUAGCAU